GCAAUGGCACAGAGCCAUCGCUAACAGGGUUUUUCCUUUUUCACCUGUGCCCGUUCCUGCUAUGACACGUCAACAUGUGGACCGUUUUCACACUGGAGGUGUUCUUGUCAUGGUACGCAAAGCACAGAGGGCUGUUGCAGCUCUUGACAAUGAGGAGACAAAGACGCAAAUCCAGAGGCAUGGGCACAGAGGGAUUCUCACGAUGGAUCAUGAGUCUAAAAUGGAGACUGUCACCACACUGAAAGCAGCCUACGUUCCUCCAAAGAGUCCAGGGGUUAGGCUGCAGGGCAUCAGAGGCGAGCUUUUUGAAAAACAUAUCACCCAGAUGAUAAGGGGCAAGGUUCAUGCUGAACUGAACCCGCCACCUCCCAAAACUGACUUGUGCUCCACAACCCAGAGGGAUUUCUGUGUUGAGGGAUUUGUGCCUCUUACCCCUGAAACAACACAAGUUCAUGAUUAUAAAACUGACCAGGCAGUUACAUUUUGGAGUGAAAACUACCAGCGGAUACAGGGUGUGACCGCCGUACAGACCCUGAAAGCACCUUUCAGGAAGUCAGCGCUUUUCAGCACACCUAUCGGUGAGCGGCUGGAUGAAAUCGAGCCCCCACCUGACAACUGAGAUAGCGUGUCAGAGCAUCGCUUUACAUCACUUCAUUACCAAUUAGUAGUAAAGUGGUAAUCCAAUGUAAAGGUUAUUGUUAUCCUCAGUGACGGUGAGACCUCUGAUGGUUAGCUGCCAUUGUCAAAGCUGAAAACAAGCACAAUUUUCUGUAGAGGAGUUAACAGUUAAGUCAAUGGAAAGGCAACAUUCAGCCUGAGAUAUCUACACCACAUAGAGAUGUUUAUUUAAAAUGGGACGGUUUAGUGACAAUGUUAUUGCCUGGAAAAACACAUAAAUCAAUAGGAGACACAACAUUGUUGAGUUACAGCGUUUCACCUGUCAGACUACAAUGAGUGACCGCAAUCAUAAACGUAAUAAUGUUAUGACGGAUAAGAAGUUGUGGUUAGAAUUUUAUAGAAACUGGUAAGAUUUACAUUUAAGAACUAUGAAAUUGCAUUUCACAAAAUACCACAAUAUGGCCGGUUUUACAACAUGACAAUAAGGUCUGAUAGAUAGUGUAGUGUGAAAAUUUACACAUAGGGGUCCAGGGUAUACCUCGCCUCUCAAGUUGAACGUUAGAUUUUUCUUUCAGAGUAAGAGCAAAUAUACUACUUUGUUUUGCUGCACUGUUGCAUUGUUUCGUCAUGCUGCCUGUGCUUGACCAGAGAGCUUGGUUUGUUUACAGACUCCAUUCAUCUCUUUCUAUCAUUUCUCUGUUGCAACCUCCAAUUAAUGCAAUCGAAUGGUGAAACAAAGAGCCAAACUUUCCUCCUACACUGGUCAAAUAUCUCGCUAUUUUCCUUGAGCAAAAUAACAAGUAAACCUAUCAGGGCUCAGAAAAUAGCAGAGAGAUUGCCUCUCCACCUUUACAAAGACGUGUUCUCACAGGCCCACAGUAUGCAGGUGUGAAACACAAUACAUUGUUGGGAAUCGCACAGUGUAUGCUACAGAUGCACGUGUUCUGUCAAUCAGAGGACAAUUCCAGGCGCUGCUGAUCCUUUCUGAGCUUUCAGCAGGGAUUAGUAGGCGGUAGCUAUGGCGACAAGUAAUUUUAGCUUUAUUUAUGCAGCUCUUCUCUCCAAACAUUUCAUUAUCUCAUGGGAUGAUACAGGAAAACCAAUUUGCCUCUGAAACACAAGGCAUUGUACUUAACAUUUCAAAUGGGAUUGAGCAAUUUUCAUUUUUGUUAACCCUCUUUAAUUUCAGUUGUGUCUCUUGGUUGUGUUUAUCUGAGUAUCGUUUUAGUCUUUUUUUUUUUUUUGGAAAAAACAUCAGCCCUAAAACAAGAUGUCAAGGGCUUCCAAUUUUCUGAAAAAUGAUCACCCUUUGAUCUUUGUAAAUACACUUAAAGCUGUCGUGAAAUCUGGUAUUUCCAGAAUCCUCAAGAUCCCCCUAACCAUCUGGACUAAAAAAUAAAUAAAUUCUGUCCACAGCAAGUUUUCUAAUCCAAACAAAGAUGGUGAGCAGAAUUGACAUAUGUUCUUGCUCAGUUUGCACUUUGUGAACCAAAAUCAAAAGAUUAUAUUAUAUAGUCUAUAUUAAUGUUGCUUUUCAUUAUUUGAUAUUUCUUAUACACAAUAGUGAAUUUGUAUUUUUCUUGUGUUUUAAAAAAUGAGCAAGGAAAUAUUACAUUUAUAUCUACCAUACGUUAGAAUGAGAAUCAGAGUUGCCACUUGGCAAAACCAGUUAAAAAUAUUUUCUAUUGUGCAGCAGAUGGUUAGAAGAGUCUUUGAGGCUUCUGGAAAUACCUUCAAAACAUUUUACCAGAGAUCUAUCUUUCAGAAAAGUGGAUACUUAGCUCCAUGACUUGAAUGCAAUGGUGAGACACGAACUGGGUCUUGGUCCUAACAACAGCUGUAUAGAGUCGAGUUAAGUAGAGUUACAGAGUGUAAUCACACAACUGAUGAAUACAAAAAAAUACAGCCGUGAAUAAAUCCGCAACAAUACAUACACAAAAUACACACAUGGCCUAGAGGUCUAAUAGAAAACCUCGUAUUUUGGGCGUCCUAGUGGCCUAAGGUCUGCUGAUCAUGAAAUCGAAAAGUCCCCAGUUUGUUCCAUGUCAUUCCCUCAGUCUGUCUCCCCUCAUUUACUGUAACACCUCUAUUGUCUACAAUCUAAUGAAGAUGAAAGUAC